AAGGCUUACUGCUGAAAAACGUGCUCAUAUCGGAAUGGUCUCCUAUAUUGGACUGUAUGGAUUAUUUGCAGUUCUGACUGGGUACCCCGUUAUAACCUCUUAAUCAGAAAAGCAAGGGCACAAGACAUUUGAUGGGGGGAAAAAGAGGAAAGCUCAACAUUUGAGAGAUAACAAAGUCAAGAUCACAAGUAGGGUUAAAUGAGGUAACGGUAGCAGCUUCGGUAAAAACCAGUCGCCACAUUGACAAAAGAGCCCAACUGUGAAAAUGAGCCUGAACUCCAACCAAAACUCACAGAUCCCAGGGACCAAGAGAGUGGGUACAGAGUCCGCUUACAAAAUGACCCAUGGCGUUUCUCCACUGUUACUCGUCCUACUCCUGUUAUCUGUGUAUGGAUCAUCUCAUGGGUGCCUGCAGGAUACGACCGCAGCUUACAGAUUCACUGGGGCCGUGUGCCGUUUGACCUACCCUGCCGCUGUUGUGUUGAAUGAGAAAACCACUAAAGUGAUCGAGGCAGCGUUCCAAUAUGCUAGAUAUCCAGGUGUUAAAGGAGAGAGGUCUAUGCCUCUCUUGGGCAAAAUCUCAUAUGGCCUUGAAAACAUGGAGAUUCACAACCUGACGAUAGGUCAGAGCUCCUUUCAGCUUCUUCCCGGUGAAGGCAUCGCCAUGGAGAUAAGCAACGUAUCUGCAGUCUUCAUUGGGACCCUCCACUACGAAUAUGGCAGUUGGCUAGUCAACGUUGCUCAGUCAAUUAAUUUUGAGAUUGAGUCACAGAUUGACCUUGGGAUCAACCCCAAACUCUAUUGCGGUAAGGGGAAGGUAGCAGCAGACACGUCAUCCUGUCACUUGAACUUUGACAAACUGCGCUUGCACCUGCAGGGAGAAAGAAAACCAAACUGGCUCAAGAAGCUCUUCACUGACUUCAUUACGUUGACGGUCAAGCUAGUCAUCAAGGGCCAGAUUUGUAAGGAGAUCAACAAGGUGGCAAACAUAUUAGCUGACUUCAUACAGGAGAGAGCAGAGCAGUUCCUCAGUGACGGAGACAUCGGUGUAGAUAUCGGUGUGACCACUGCUCCCACCGUCACUGCUCACUACAUUGAAUCAUACCACAAGGGGCUCACAAAGUACAACAACACUUCCAGUGUCAUUCGUGAUUCCGUUUUCAAUCCAAGUCAGCUGACUGAAAACCGGAUGCUCUACUUUUGGAUCUCAGACCAGGUCUUAAACCCGAUGAUGACUGCUGCCCACCAAGAUGGUCGCUUCCGGCUUAACAUCACUGGAGCGGAGUUGAUUGAACUUUUCAAGUUAAAUGUCACGGCAGCCAUGCCUGAUUUUUUAAGAAAGUGUCUUGUCGAAACAAGUCAUCCAGAAUUACGUGUGUGGAGUUCGUCUGUGCCCUACAUUAACACCUCCACUUUCGGGACAACAGUCUGGACCGAGGCCUCUGGCCAAAUAUGGUGUGAAAGUCAAGAAACUCUCUUCUUUAAGACGUUCAUCAUGGCAGAUGUCACGGUCUCUUAUGUCAACAAACACGUCUCACUGCACGGCGAAUCUUUACAGGUUGACGUACUACAUGCUGAAUUGCACCAAUCUCCUCCGGGAGCUCAAGCACCACUGGAUUUCAUACGAGAAGCUUUGAUGAAGAUCGGCAUCCCCAAGGUACUUUCUGUACUUGAAACCGAGAUAACCAGGCUGUUGGACAAACAGGGAUUGUACUUAUUUGACAUCUACAACCCAGAAGUGCUUCCUCUGGAUGGAUUUGUGAUCAUACAGAUGGACUUUGGGUUUCCUCAUCACCUCCUUGUUGACUUCCUCAAGAUGACACUUCAGCAAACAGGCGGUCUGCAGCAAUAAAGGCUCGAGGCAUUUUUUUCCCUAACCUCCAUUUCACAAGUAACUGGGUAAUUUAUAUGCAGUAUUGUUUAUUUUUUUUGGGUGUGAGGUUGUUGUUUUAAUUCCCCCAAAAAUCUUUCGUUAAGCAAUGUAAGAAAUAUCAAGAAGUUUUGAAAAGAGCUAAAUUUAAUCAGAAUGACCUGAAGAUGGACAUGCACGGGAGAUAAAUCUGGCAGGUGUGGAGUACUUUUGCCACCUACCUCAAAAGACUGAAUGCUGUAUUAUUAUUCUUUUUUUUUUUUUUUUGGAGGUAGACUACUCUAAGAAUUUGAAAUUUACAUGUAGUCUAUGGUGCUUCAGUUCAGUUGCACAGGAAAAGAAAUACAUAUUUCCCAAGGAGGCCUGAUUCCAUGAAUAUCUGUAAUAAACUGCUGCAGAUGUUUUAUCAA